UGACUGAAGGGUAGCAGUACAUAUUUACAUUUGAUUAGAUUUGAAAAUUAUAUUAUCUAAAACAACAAAUAUUGAAUUUAUUGUACUUAUUGGCUAACAAUAAUAAAAGUACAAUAUAUUAUCUUUUAUUCAACCUACGUUUUCGUGUUCUCAGAGACCUAGAAAAUGUUGAAGAAACAUAUAAAAAAUAAGAGCUAUGGAAGAGGAAUUUGAAGAGCCAGAUAUCACAGAACAGAUUUUUCAUAAUACAGUUCGAGAGCAAAUUAUUUUUCUCCUCCUAUUCGCAUGUCUUUAUGCGGCCAGUUUUACAACCUUAAACAAGUUUAAAAGGAGAGGUAAAGAAGACUAUUACAGUUGUGAUGAAGAUGAAAUAACAGUAUAUCGGAUAAGCACCUGGCUGUGCACAUUCUCCCUAGCAGUUUCUAUAGGAUCAGUUUUGUUACUUCCUAUAUCUAUUGUUUCUAAUGAAAUACUUGUAAACUGCUCAGAUAGCUACUACAUAAAAUGGCUCAAUUCAUCGCUCAUACAAGGUUUAUGGAAUUAUGUAUUUCUGUUCUCCAACCUAUCCAUGUUCGUUUUACUCCCAUUCGCGUAUCUGUUCACUGAAUCGGAGGGAUUUUUCGGAUCUCGCAAGGGAUUAUGGGCCAGAGUAUACGAGACCUUUGUGGUUUUCAACCUUCUUGCCUUAGUGGUUUUGGGUAUGACGUUCGUCUUGGCUGCGCUACUGAACAAAGACGAGUUUAACGUUAUUCCUAUAUUUAGCUUAUGGAUGUAUCUGCCAUUUUUAUAUUCGUGCAUAUCAUUCUUUGGAGUUUUAAUUUUAUUAGUAUGUACUCCGCUAGGACUUGUUCGACUGUUUGAUGUUGUAGGAACCGUGUUAGUUAAGCCGCAAUUUCUUGUUGAUUUAAAUGAGGAGUACUCGACCUGUGAUUUUGAAGCUGAAUGUUUAAUGCGAAGACUGAAAAGAGUUGAACAUACAGGUUUUUACUGUGUGGAUCCAACUCCAAUGUCCUUUGAAAACGGUAUUUUUCUUACGACAGAUGAAAGCAAACCCGUAGAGUGUGUAACCAAGCUGCGCAACGGUGAAUUGCGCACAAAAUUAGGCAGCGUUUUAAAACAAUUGGAAGCUAAAAGAUCAAUUUUAGAUAAACAGAGAAAAACUUCUUCUUUGAGAAGAAAUCUCGUUUAUCCAAUAGCAAUGCUGCUUUUAAUUGGAUUCACAGGAAUCGCAGUGUUGCUCGUGAUCCAAAAUAUUCUCUCAAUUUUGAUAGGCCUUAAAGCUUUACCAAAUAGUUCCAAGCAAUUUACGUUAGGCGUAGCUUCACUGUCAAGGCUAGGUCCCGUAGGGGCGGCCUUGGAGAUAAUAAUGAUCGUAUACUUCAUCGUUACUUCAUCCAUUGGCCUGUAUUCAGCCCCAUUUAUGAAAAAAAUUAGGCCAACACCUGGUGGUACCUCUUUUACGUUGGUGAUUGUCAAUUGUGCCUUAGUUUUGGUUAUUAGUACUGCAUUACCGUUGUUGUGUAAAACUUUAGGAAUUACAAACUUUGACCUCCUAGGUGAAUUUGGCAGCAUCGAAUGGCUCGGUAACUUCAAAAUCGUCUUAUCAUACAAUAUUGUAUUCGCCACCGCGUCAUCGCUUUGCAUCGUAAAUAAAUUUACGGCAAAAGUUCGAAGAGAUUUAUACGCCCGUUUAGUAGAAAAUUACGUGUACGUCACCAAUUGCGUGUCGUUUAUCAAUUAAUUUUUACGUUUUAAUUUUCUCAACCCGAAAGAAAGCUGCGGUGAAAAUAAUUAUGUUUGAUUUUAAAGUUGUAGUAAGAAAAAGCAAGGCAGAGUUUAUAUACACCUCUUUAUAGUUUAAUAUCAGCAGUUUAGCAUACUGUAUCAUUAAUUACCGGUAUACUUAUUCCCUAAAGAUUUUUUAUAGUUUUUUGUUGUAUCGAGAUCUUUUUUUAUUAAAAGUAUCUAGAAAAUCUCACUAGCUUGAAAGUAAAAGUAUGUAAUUUCGUUUUCUUAUUAGUUAAUAAUUAACCUUUUUGCUCAAUCGUUUAUGAUCUCAUAUCUAUUUAUUAAAAAAAUUAAAUUAAAAAACAUAACACUCACUCAAGUAUGGCCUAAACUGUAGCCAUGGUUCGAAAUAAUCGACUUUCUUCAAGCAAUUUGUGCAGGUUGUAGGUCUGAGGGAAAGCACUUUAGGAAACACGCAAUUCAGCAUGAAUAAUAAUUUGACCUUAUAACCCAAUAAGAGUUGUUCUAGAUUCUUUUGAUAACCAGUUAUUCCUAAAAAUAGUAUGUUAAAAUAAUACAAUUUCUUUAAUUAGAUUUAAUAUAAUCCCACCCUGUGGACUAAGAGUAAAUACGCGUACCCCAUUUAAGAAUUCACCUUAAAAGCUUUUGUGAUAUAAUUUAUAUAUAGGAGUUCCCCACCAUAAACAUUUGGUAUGCCAGUUAUCAUUGAUCAUUCUUAGAGCCCUUAAGAAAGUCUGAUUUGUCUGUAAUGUAUUACGCUUAUACGCUAUAAUAAAGACAUAAUCCAGUUAAUUUUUAAAUAUAUUUAUUUAAGAAGUCAUCUUAUUUGUGUUAAAUUUAAGUUAGCUAUAGGCAUUUUUGAUAUACUCAUAUUAAACAGUCCCGAGCUAGUCUAUGUAAUCUUGCUAAUGUAAGCAAAUUUGUAAGUUUAAAAAUAAAAAAUAAAUAAUUUUG